GUGAUAUCCCCUCCAGAGCCCCAAUUGUUCCUCGAGCGCAAGCCCGCCGCUGCUGUGGCAAUGGUGCCAACCCUCUUCAUCCAGUGCCCCCGCUCUUCCUGUCCUCCUGUUCUGCCUCAGGGCUCUACUCACUUUCCAUAUUUUCCGAUGGGCGAGCUGCCACCGGACCGGAGCAUUUGUGAGGGUCUCAUUGUGUAUAGCGGUCGAGAUGGUGAUGUUCAAUGGCGUUUGGUGUUGUCUUGACGGUGGUUGAAGGUUGCUUCAUUCUCUCCGCAACCCCUGCACUUUUAGCGCCAAAUGGAAAAGAGCACUGCAAUGCGCAUCAGAGAGAGGGAGAGCUUCACUCCACUACGCGCAACUCAACUCCUGCCCCUCCCAAAUCCGCAUCACCUGCACAUCCACAAAUCUCACCAUCACCAUCACCAUGGCGUCCGUCCUGCAGUCAGUCUACAAAUGGGCAAUCCCUCUUACGGCCGUCGGCACUCUCGCGCAGGCUUCCAUCUACGAUGUCAAGGGAGGAACUAGAGCAGUCAUUUUCGAUCGCAUGAGUGGAGUUAAAGACAAGGUCGUGAACGAGGGCACCCAUUUCUUGAUUCCCUGGUUACAGAAGAGUAUCAUCUACGAUGUUCGCACGAAGCCUAGAAAUAUUUCCACGACGACGGGUAGCAAGGAUUUGCAGAUGGUGAGCUUGACGCUGAGAGUUUUACAUCGUCCGGAUGUACAGGCGUUGCCAAAGAUUUACCAGGUAUGUUAUUUUGAUAUCCCCAAUUCCAAGUGGUCCGGGAAGGAAACUGACAGUAAAUAGAAUCUUGGUCAAGAUUACGAUGAGCGUGUUCUACCAUCCAUUGGGAAUGAAGUCCUAAAAUCCAUCGUCGCCCAAUUCGACGCCGCAGAACUCAUCACCCAACGUGAAGCAGUCAGCAACAGAAUCCGUACUGAUCUUCUCAAGCGCGCGCAAGAAUUCAACAUCGCUCUCGAGGAUGUAUCAAUCACACACAUGACCUUCGGACGGGAAUUCACAAGAGCAGUCGAGCAGAAGCAAAUCGCGCAACAAGAUGCCGAGAGAGCUCGAUUCAUCGUCGAGAAGGCCGAGCAGGAGAGACAGGCCAACGUCAUCAGAGCAGAGGGAGAGGCUGAGUCCGCGGACACUAUUAGCAAGGCGGUGGCAAAGGCUGGAGAUGGUUUGAUUAUGAUCAGAAGGAUCGAGGCGAGUAGAGAGAUCGCUCAGACGCUCGCGGGUAACCCAAAUGUGACCUAUCUACCAGGUGGUGGCGAGGCAGGAAAGGAGGGAGGUGGAAAGUUUUUGCUCGGGCUAAGAUAA